CUGUAGGACCCCCUUCUGUAAACAGGGGCUGACCUACCAUUUAGGGCCCAACUCCCUGGGACCCCAAGGGCCCGCUGCCUCCGGAGACAGCCCCCCAGGGCUGCAUGCGGGGGAUAAGCCAGGCUAUUUUCAUCAUUUCCUUCCUCCCACUCCAGCAGCGGCCACCAGCGGCUUUGCAUAGAGCUGUCAUCUCAGCCUCAACCAGGACAAUUCAGGGCGCAGAAAGGAGUGCUGGCUGCAGGCCUACAACUACACUCACCAUCCUGCCUUCUGAGUGUCCUGGGAGGCUCAGCGAGGCCUGGGUUGGGCACACUUCACCUCCUGCCGUCAUUACCACCCCAUUCCACAGAGGAGAAGGCUGAGGCCUGAGAAGGGAGCCAGCCUGCCAAUGCCUGCCUGGGGGGCCCUGUUGCUGCUCUGGGCUGCCGCACAGGCUACCAACGACUGCCCCACCGAGUGUACCUGCCGGGCCCUGGAAACCAUGGGGCUGUGGGUGGACUGUCAGGGACAGGGGCUCACGGCCCUGCCUGCGCUGCCUGUCCACACCCGUCACCUCCUGCUGGCUAAUAACAGCCUGAGCUCUGUGCCCCCUGGCGCCUUCGACCACCUGCCCCAGCUGCAGAUCCUCGACGUGACGCAGAACCCCUGGCACUGUGACUGCAGCCUCACCUACCUGCGUCUCUGGCUGGAGGACCACACACCCGAGGCCUUGCUGCAUGUCCGCUGCGCCAGCCCCGAGCUUGCCACGGCCCGCCCCCUGGGCCAGCUCACGGGCUUUGAGCUGGGGAGCUGCGGCUGGCAGCUCCCAGAGUCCUGGACCUACCCAGGGCUCUGGUGGGAUGUGCUGCUGAUUGUUGUGGCCAUGCUGGGCCUGGCUCUCCUGGCCGGCCUCCUGUGCACUGCUACAGAGAUCUUUGACUGAGGCCAUGUCCCCAGGGUCACCCUGAGUCCCUCCCCAGGCCCCGCCAGGCCUGGGCAUCAGGGCCACCAGUAACUCAAAAUAAACUGGCUGCUCGACCAUUUUAUCCAAGUUCAGAAUUUUGGUUAUUUUUCCUUUCAGCACCCAAGUCUGGCUCUUUCUGGAAAACUGGGUCCAUUUUGUUAUAACCAGAUACCAACUGGGGCUUCUCUGUCCCCCAGUGCGGGGAUUGUCCCAUCUCCUCCACACCAGCUACCCUCCAUCCCAGUCUGUGGACAUCCCGAGCCCUUCCUCCGGGUCCCAGGCUGUCACAGUCCUCACGCUCUCCUCCAUCCUGGCACCUACUUCCUGCAUGGGCCACUCCAGAGGGGCCACGCAAAUGUCACAUCAGCGUUUAGCUCCUCUCUUAAUUCCACAGAAAGUGUGCUCUCCCCCCACCACGGCAGCAAGCAGAGCAGGAGGCACGGAAGAA